CCAGGGGCCUGUUGCACAAAAGUAGAAUUAAGACAUCCGGGAUAAAUGACUCAGCUGAGCUCAAUGAAGCCAAAACAUGUGCGUCCAGGCUUAAUUGGUUGCACAAAGACCAAGCCAGGAUGAGCAGACACGGAUUCAUUAAGCCAGGUGAAACCAAUCCUGGAUAGGUGCGCGCUCACGGCUCACUCAAAUAGACCCCGCCACAGAUCACAGAUUAACUGAUUUACCAUGGCAACUAGAGCCGCGUACUUUUCCCCGUCGGAAGCACAAAUCCUCAUGGAGGCAUACGAGGAGGUAAAAGAUAUAAUUAAGAAGAAAGGCAACACCGCCACAGUGAUAAAGCAAAGAGAAAAAGCGUGGCAAAGUAUUGCAGACCGCCUGAAUGCGUAAGUAGUGCACAAUUACACACUCACCGCUCCGCUGAAACGUCACAAUUACAAUUCAAAUAUUUAAUUCACAUCUCCAAAAAUGCAGUUGUACUGUAAUUAUGAAACGGUAAUUUUUUUUAUUGAAAUGCACUGCAGAUAUGAGUGAAAUUGUGUAAAGUAACUCCAUCACACUGUAUAAAGCUAUGAUAAAUUUUUUGAUAUUUUUACUGAAAACAAGACAAAAAUACCAAGUAAUUUUUUGCAGUGUGACUCCAUUAAAUGUGUGUGUGUGUGUGUGUGUGUGUGUGUGUGUGUGUGUGUGUGUGUGUGUGUGUGUAGAUUAAACAUGAACGGGCCAAAACGGACAUGGCAGCAGGUCAAAAUCAAAUACAAGAACAUUCUGCAGAAUGCAGUGAAAAAGAAUACCCACAGACAAGGCACGGGUGGUGGGUCACCAAAGGCUGACCUUACCCCAGCAGAGGACAUGGCCUUGGAGCUAAAUAAAGGCAGGCCCGUCUUAGAGGGGAUCCCUGGGGGGAAAGAGACGAGCAUAGGUUCCUCCCAAGAUGCCACCCGCUUCAUUCAAGUGCCUGGCAGCACUGUGUUCCUGUUAGAGCCACCAGCACAAGCACCAGACGAUGCUGAUCCAGGUGAAGGCCCCAGUGCAGCAGCAACAGCACAUGAUGGAGACGAUGAUGAGGAGGAGACCAUCUCUCUGGAUUCCAGAAGGCAUGAGGACCCAGAUGCUAUACAGUGGGAAAACCAGCCUGGCAACAUAAGCUCACAAGCUAUCAGAAAGUUGUAUGGCAACCACCUCCGGCGCCAAAUAGAACUGGCAGACAUAGACAUUCAGUACAAGAAGAAAAAGAUGGAAAAUCUUGCACUGGAGUCCGAAAUAAAAAAGAGGACAAUUAGGAAACUGGACCUUGAAAUAAAAAAACUUGAGAGGGAGGUGAGAUAUGCCUUCAAUGUACACUGUAUGCUAACUGUAACACAAAUGUAUUAAUCAUUAUUUUUCUUUCCUCCCCCAGCUCCAAGAAGAUGACACAGCUCAAAAUAAAAAUUAGGUAUAUUCUCGUAAAGUCAAGUGAGCCAUGACAUAUGAGCUCUUAUUGUGAGCACACAGGACGGUGGCAUCUUUCUAAGGUUUUUUUUAUUUUCCCAGCAAUCAGUACAACCAAGUCAUCG